UUAGAAACAUAUCUGCUCACAUUCUUUAUCUCUCUUCUCUCUCAGAGUUUAUAGGUUGCUGAAAGAUUUCACCAGUCAACAUGUAAGAAGAUUAGGAAUGUAAUUCUUUUUCAUCAUAGAAAUACAUUUGGUUAUAAUCAGAUGAAGGGCAUGAUGUCAUUUCAGAAGAACAGACCAUGCCUAGGACAGCUUCGACACACAUAUAUGUACACCCACAACAGCAGCAGUGACAGAUCCGCAUCAGAAAGGAGUUUGAAUACAAAACUUGGAGCCAAGUCUGAUUAUUUUGCCUUGAUGAUACUGAUAAUCCUGUUUAUUUGGACAGGAUUAAAGUGUACUUUGCAGAGUAUGUAGGACAAAAAAUCUGGAGAAAUGGUAUAUGCUUGGAAGUGAUCACUUGAGGAGGGGUUCAUCAAUCCUUUGAGAAAAGGGUGGCACGCAUUCUAGUUUCUCUCCAGUCUGUGGAGCACCUGCCUUAGUCGAGAACAUGAUGUUACUGACGCUAAGGCUUUUCUGGCUUGCUUUUCUCUGGCCCGUCACCCUGCUUACUGACAGCCAAUUCUCCAGCCGACGCAGACAGAAGAAUGUAUACCUGGGGGAGAAUACGUGGCACAAACAUGGAGGACAAAUAGCCUUCAAAAUGAAGAAGACUGACAGCACCAAGUCUAUGCUAAUUAAAUCAGAGCAACUUCUGCGCAUUGAGGACCAUGACUUUGCCAUGAGACCUGGCUUUGGAGGUUCAGCUGUUCCAGUGGGUAUUGAUGUGCAGGUGGAAAGUAUUGACAGCAUUUCAGAGGUUAACAUGGACUUCACAAUGACACUCUAUUUGAGACACUACUGGCAGGAUGACAGACUGGCCUUCCCUUCAACCAACAACAAGAGCCGAACAUUUGAUGCACGACUUGUGAAGAAAAUAUGGGUGCCAGAUGUCUUCUUUGUUCAUUCCAAGCGUUCUUUCAUUCAUGACACUACAAUGGAGAACAUCAUGUUGAGAGUGUAUCCAGAUGGAAACAUUCUCUACAGUGUCAGAAUCACUGUGACUGCUUUGUGCUCUAUGGACUUUAGUAAUUUUCCACUAGAUACACAGAACUGUUCUCUGGAACUAGAGAGUUAUGCUUACAAUGAAAAUGACCUCAUGCUCUACUGGAAGAAUGGGAACGAUUCAUUAAGGACUGAUGAGAUUGUACUAUCACAGUUUUUUAUUGAAGAAUUCCACCCUUCCUAUGGGCUAGCUUUCUACAGCAGUACUGGCUGGUAUAAUAGACUCUACAUAAACUUCAUUCUCAGGAGACAUAUCUUCUUCUUCAUGCUUCAGACAUACUUCCCAACCAUGCUCAUGGUCAUGCUCUCCUGGGUCUCCUUCUGGAUUGAUAGGAGGGCUGUCCCUGCCCGAGUUUCACUAGGUAUCACCACUGUGCUGACCAUGUCCACCAUAAUCACAGGUGUUUCAGCUUCCAUGCCUCAGGUGUCCUAUGUGAAAGCUGUGGAUAUGUACCUGUGGACGAGUUUCCUUUUUGUCUUUCUUUCUGUCAUUGAAUAUGCUGCUGUUAACUAUUUCACCACGGUAGAGGAGAUGAAGAAACUCAAGAUAGGAAAGUUGCCAGUGUCUAAUGAUGCAUCACAGGCUAUGGCAUAUGAUGGCUGUUUCCAUGACACAGAGAUUGACCUAUCACCUUUUCCUGAGCUCCUGACCACCCCCAGCACAGAACGGGCAGUGGUGCCCAUGAACUCACCAGUAGAAGCACCUUCCGAGGGCACAAGACUCUGGGGAAAGCGUUCAUUUCGGCUCAACAUUCGCUUUAUAAUGAGCAACAGCUAUAUGAUUGACUCAUACUCCCGCAUCAUAUUUCCUCUGGCCUAUCUGCUUUUCAAUAUGAUUUAUUGGUCUUUGUAUUCCUGAACAAGAAAACUAGAUUAAACACUUUAUUCAAUUACAGGCUACUGGGGAGAUUUGUUAAAACAAAAAUACACAAAUGAAAUUAAAACUGCUGUAUUUACA